AUGUGCGCCGCGCCCGGCGACAGCGUUGUGACGCGGAGAAGCGGGCAGCAGCAGCAGCAAGAAACGUCCUCGGGCGAUUUAAUGAAGACUGCUGGCGGACGAGGCUCGCUACUCGUCUGUCUGCAGCCGCCGAUGUGCACACAAGUGCGAUCCACAAUGCCGUCUGGUCACAAAACGCGCGCCGCGUGCCCUCCUUCUUUCGGUGCGCCAUGCUUUCCUCUCGGUGCUGUGCCGCGCUUGCGCUCGCGUCUUGUAUGGCCGUGUUGGUGGCGGCCUGUGCAGCCGCAUCCUCCGAGCCAACGACGACGCCGGCCGUCGACGGUGACCAGCGUCGUCUCGACCGGUGCGCCGAGCCGCGGCGAGGCGAACUGCACGCGUUGCGGGGGCGGAACGCUGCAGUCCCGCGCCGUGCGGCUGCAAGCCAUCAAGGCCCAGAUACUGAGCAAGCUGGGCCUGAAGAGGGCGCCCAACGUGACGCGCCGCGCUCUGCCGGGCAUCCCGCCGCUGCAUCGGCUGCUGGACCGCUACGACGCCGGCAUGAUGCAGGCCGACGCGCCCUUCGAGCCCGGAGAACAGUACGACGACGACGACGACUUUCACGUGGCCGCCGAAAAGAUCAUCACCUUCGGACAGCACGCGCCUCCCGAGUUGGGCCUGAUGUCAGAGUGGCAGGCGGUGCACUUUCGCUUCUCGGAAGCGGCGCUCAACCUUCACGUGUCCAAGGCGCAUCUCUGGGUGUUCGUCAGCUCCAACCAGUCGCUGUCUUCGACGGCGGCCGUAUGGGUGACCCUCUACCAGGUGGCGAGGGACGCUGCCGCCGUGCCCGAGUUGCACCUCGUCAAGGUGCGGACGAAAGAAGAGAAGGGCAACCUUCGGCGCGGGUUCUGGGUGCAGAUGGACGCCAAGAAGCUGGUUUCGCACUGGUUCCGGCAUCCAAGGGAUAACCUGGGCAUCGUGGUGCACGCCUACGACUCCGAAGGCCGCAAAGUGCACGCCAUCACGGAACCUCCACCGGGAAGAGAAUCCUUGAGGCCCUUUCUGGUGGUGAUGGUGGACAAGAACGGCCGCAGCCGGACGCGGCGCAUGGUGGGCCUCAACUGCCAGGAGAACUCGAGCGAGGAGCGCUGCUGCCGCUAUCCGCUCACGGUGGACUUCGAGGAGUUCGGUUGGGACUGGAUCAUCGCGCCCAAGCGGUACGAGGCCAACUACUGCAGCGGCGAGUGCCCCUACGUGUUCAUGCAGAAGUACCCGCACACGCACGUCGUGCAGCAGGUCAACCUGUCCGGCUCGCCGGGACCCUGCUGCGCGCCGCGAAAGAUCUCCGCCAUCUCGAUGCUGUACUUCGACGACAACCACAACAUCGUUUACGGCGUGCUGCCCGGCAUGAUCGUCGACCGCUGUGGAUGCUACUGAGGCGCCGCGCGAUAGGCGGCCAGGAUCUCCGUCCCCGGUCUGCCUCCAAGGGGGCCCCCAACUUCCGCCACCGCAGCAGCGUGCGCGGAAGGCUGUGUAGUACAAAGAGACGUUACAUUUACCAUCGCGAUAGUUCCGUCCCAUGGACAAUGCCGGACCGCGUUGCUUUCUGUUGGCUGUGUCGCCUGCGCGGGGUGUCCUUUGUCAGUGUCCUCUGUUCCAGAGCAUGCUGCUGAGGCCUUCCACAUCUGAAGACCGCUCCGACAAGCCCCCAUGGCCAAGCGUUCACCCAGUGAUAUAACGGCCGUCGAAACGGUUAUAUUCGGUAAAGCACCCGAGUUCCUUCUCGAAAAAAAAAGGAGAGGGACAUGUCGUAUGACCCUUAGUUUCGUAUUUCAAAAUGCCAGCAAAAUAAUUGGGGCAAGGGGGUCUGCAGGCGUCAGGGCAUACGUUCAACCAAGUGCUUCACACGUGAAAGUGGGCAUGCAGCUGUUGAAAGGUCUGGACGUCGAGUUGGUAUGACGCAUAUAUACUUACGCGGUUUCUAUCAUUUUCCCGGCCAGAGAGUUCGUGUGCGCGGAGUCACCGUGAUACGAAUCCAUGUAGUCUAAGAUUAUUAUAUAGGGCGACUUCCCAUCACGCUUUCCAAGUGCUGUUGACGUCAUGUCGUGUGCGUGCGCGAUGAAUGAGGAUGACUGAGUGGUGUCCGAGUGGUUUAGCCCUAGUGGGCACUUUUCUUUUUGGAUUUUUUAUCUUCACAAAGUGAUCUAUUUAAUGAAAGUAUACACGUCACGAUUCGUGCUCGUCGAUGUGCGAUCGUACAUUUUUAGGCAUACUUUUUUUUUCUUAUACAUGAAUUUACGUUAGUGGUUUACUCUCGUGCCAUUGAUCGACUGUGCGAACAAGAUCUGUUUUCGUUUGUGUGCACGCGAUGUGUGUUAUACCUGGUUUUCGAGAGCUGCUCCAAAGAUGUUUCUCGUUGCGUGUAUGCGUCAUUGUAUUUUGUUUUUUUUUUCAUAAUCGCGAGUACUGUUUUGAUAUGUAAUUUCACCCUCAUGGGGCUUCUACCCUUUGAAAUGAGUGAGCUGGACACAGCUUGCUCGAGGUACAAGCACAGGACAAAAACGUGACAUUAACUGCGUUUCUUGCCCGAAACCUGAAUGCAUUGCUACUGUUUCUUGUGUGUCCCAUACAAAUAUCGGCGCGUUGUACGAGCAUUCUGGUUAUAUUCUGUGAAUUGCCCAUGAUAACAAAAAUUGUCGUUUGCAUUUUGCAAGAUUCAUGCGCGUUCGACCAUGUUUGCGUCUUCGAGUCUUGUGCUUAGUGAGCCUCUAAGGCUUCCAACUUACGUGUUAUGUAUUGUAAAUAUGUAGCCGGUGAUGAGCGCUUUAUAGCGGUAGCCAGAAAGUGUGUGUGUAAACAGACGAUCGAUGUCGAAGUGUCACCUCUACUGCAUUGCUUUUUCCAGCUGUGACAAAUAAUAUCCUCUUGGGACAUUUUGCACACCGUACAGACGUUUACUCGAGAUUUGGGUGCACGUUAAAGAACCCCAGGUGGUCUAAA